AUACCGGAAGACUGUGGUGACUGCGAUACAUCCGGCACCAGUCGUCCCUUGUGUACCCCGGCUACCCUCAGCUGGGAUGGCGCCAUCGAGAUUCAAAGUGGUGACGUCCUGUUGGUGAGGAUUGAUGACUCCCAUCUACUUCGACAGGAAUCUCAUGUGAAUCAAAGCGAACCCAGAGAUUUGGAUCAUGAAAGGAUGAUGCACGAACCGCCGACUGCUGUAUAUCAGGUGACCCGCACUGGCCACGACAACUGCGAUGUGACGGAGGGUGUCCUGCUGGACAUAACACCUCUGAAGAUCGAUGCCCGCAAGGUUGUCACUCUGUACGACAAGGACCUAACCGAAGGCAUCAACUUGCUCAUAGUCGUCUCUCAAUCAUGGGACAGCGAGUGCGUUCGUCUUAAAGUGGUCGUCAAAUCCGACAAUUGCGGCGAGAACGAGGAUUGCUCCGGAAAGGGUCUGUGCUUCUCCAACUCCUCAAUGGAGGGCUUUGAAUGCCAAUGCUGUCCCGGCUUCGUGGGACCGCAUUGCGAGGAACAGGACGCCUGCUUCCCCAACCCUUGCACGAACAGUGGCAUUUGCGUUGACAUCUCACAAGGACACGAAGGAUCGAUGUAUCAGUGCCUGUGUCCUUACGGAUUUACUGGUAAGAUCUGCGAGGAGGAGACGGAUCCUUGUACUUCGAUGCCUUGUCAGAAUGGGGCAAAAUGCAUAGGAAACGCGACCGCCUUCCUGUGCGAAUGUCCCAGAGGAUACACGGGAGUCCUGUGCCAGCACAACCUGAACGAGUGCGAAUCUUCGCCCUGUGUAAACGGAAUUUGCGUUAGCCACGAUGACGGAUACAAAUGCUUUUGUCAACCUGGAUACACCGGCGAAAACUGCGAGUUGCAGUACAACGAAUGCCAGUCCUCGCCCUGCGUCAAUGGUGGUACAUGCAUCGACCAGAUCGGAGGAUUCACCUGCAACUGCGGCAGAGGCUUCACCGGUCACCGAUGCCACAUCAAGGUGGACCUCUGCGAACCGAACCCUUGUCCCGCUCCCAGGUACUGCAAGGACCUUGGUAACAGCUACUCCUGCUUCUGUCCGAACGGAUUCUCCGGUAUCGACUGUCUGCAAACCUAUCGCCCGGCAUGCAGCACUAAUCCGUGCAACAAUGGUGGUACUUGCUGGAGCAGCAUGAAUUCCUUCUACUGCGCUUGCAGACCUGGGUUCACCGGAAAAACAUGCGAAGAGGAGUUUUACGUGGAAAAAAUUUCAGCAAAGGAGAGCAUCAUCAAAGAGAACGGCAUGGAUUUGGAGAUGCCCAUCUCCAUACACUUUGACCAUUUGCACAGUUUCUACAUCGCCGCCGGCACCCUUCUCUCCGCUGUUCUGAUCGUAUUGGUCAUCGUUACCGUCUGCCAUUGCAGGGUUAAUAAAACUUAUAAGCGCUUCACCCUCAGGACGUAUCCGCUUUGGGGUCCCGGUCGUCCGGCUGAGCCGACUGUUCCACCGGCUAAUAACAGCGAGUGGUUCUCCAAUAAGGACAAGGCACCCAUGGCUACACCCAGUCGCAGUUUGCCAUCGCUGGAUACCACUGACAUGUACUACACCUUGGACUUUGGCGAGAGCCAGAGUUCACCGCUGAUUCAGUAAAGUUCAGAUCGCGGUUGGAUUCUCCCCGGUGCGGGUUGGAUUUGGGAAUUGGAGUCACCGGGGUUAAAAAAAAAGUUUAAAAAAAUAUACACUGAUGAAAAAAAAUAUGGUGCACUUUCACACGCAUUUUAACCAAAACCAAAAAAAAUAUAUAUAUAACGCAUAUAUAACCGCAAACGUAACGUUUGAAAGUCCCUCGCAGCGAAUUAAAGGAAAGACAUAAUGUAGUAGCAUAGGAUUAUAAAAUAAACACAUGAAAUGUUCUCUGUUCAAUGUAUAUUAGCCGAAUACAAAAAUUGCAUCCUAUAAAAAAUAAUAUAAUAAUAUAUAUUCUGGUGUAUUCGGCUGUACCCUCGCAUUGUAGUAGUAUUUAUUUUUUUUUGUCGAUGUUAAACCUCCUCUAAAAAUGUUGCAGAAGCAUACGAUGAUGAUGAU